GACCAAGUGAACAACCCCACAAGUCGACAACCAGAGUUCCCCACUAAUCACAUUUUUUUUACGACUAAGCAGCUCCACCCCAAGAUGCCAUCACCGUCAUUAUAAUACUUAAUAGUUAAUACUAUACUUCUUCUAAGACCAAUUCAAAAAAUUCACAAAUCUUCUGGUUCCGCGAUCUUUCUCCUUUUCCUUCUUUCUCUUCUAUUCGAACCGGUAAUACUCUUCUUCUUCCAUUUCCAAACCCUAGUAAUUACCUUCUCUUCAGUUCCAUUCUGCACUCUUACCUUUGCUAUUUGCCUUUGGUUGCUGUGUUGAUUCAGAAUGGCGUUCUUCAGAAGCGUUUCUGCGCUUUCUAGGCUACGAUCUCGCGUGGGUCAACAACCUACCCUUGCCAAUUCAGUUAGAUGGCUUCAAAUUCAGACAUCCACUGCUACUGAUCUACGUUCCGAGUUGAAGGAGCUAAUUCCAGAAUAUCAGGAGCGUGUUAAGAAGCUGAGGAAAGAGCAUGCUAAUGUUGAAUUGGGAAAAAUCACUGUUGAUAUGGUACUUGGUGGAAUGAGAGGAAUGACUGCUUUGGUAUGGCUAGGUUCAGCUGUCGACCCAGAUGAGGGAAUUCGCUUUAGGGGCAUGACGAUUCCUGACUGCCAGAAAAAACUUCCUGGUGCAUGUCCUGGUGGGGAGCCAUUGCCUGAGGGCAUACUCUGGCUUCUAUUGACAGGAAAGAUACCUAAUAAGGAGCAAGUAGAUUCAUUAUCCCAGGAAUUGCGAAGUCGUGCAACUAUCCCAGAUUAUGCUUUUAAGGCUAUUGAUGCUUUGCCUGUUUCUGCUCAUCCAAUGACUCAGUUUACUACUGGUGUCAUGGCCUUGCAGGUUGAGAGUGAAUUUCAGAAGGCAUACGAGAGUGGGAUACCUAAGGCAAGGUACUGGGAACCAACGUAUGAGGAUACAUUGAAUUUAAUUGCUCGUUUGCCUGGAAUUGCUGCUUAUAUUUAUAGGAGGAAAUACAAGGAUGGAAAAAUCAUACCAUUGGAUGAUUCUUUGGAUUAUGGUGCAAACUAUGCCCACAUGUUAGGAUUUGACGAUCCAGAAAUGCUGGAGUUUAUGAGGCUGUAUAUUUCCAUUCAUAGUGAUCAUGAAGGUGGUAAUGUUAGUUCUCAUACAGCCCACCUAGUAGCCAGUCCACUAUCAGAUCCUUACCUUGCAUUUGCGGCUGCUUUGAAUGGUUUAGCUGGGCCACUCCAUGGGUUGGCUAAUCAGGAGGUUCUGCGAUGGAUCCGAUCAAUAGUUGCGGAGUUUGGCACUCCAAACAUUAGUACAGAACAACUGAGCGAGUACAUUCAUAAAACAUUGAAUAGUGGCCAGGUUAUUCCUGGAUACGGACAUGGUGUUUUGCGCAAAACAGAUCCAAGAUACACAUGCCAGAGGGAGUUUGCUUUGAAGCAUUUGCCAAAUGAUCCAUAUUUCCAGCUGGUGUCAAAAAUAAAAGAGGUUGUGCCUCCUAUUCUCACCAAGUUAGGCAAGGUUAAAAACCCAUGGCCUAAUGUUGAUGCUCACAGUGGAGUCUUACUGAACUACUAUGGUCUUACCGAGGAAAACUAUUAUACUGUUCUCUUUGGCGUGUCGCGAGCUGUUGGAGUUGGCCCUCAGGGUACAAUGUUUGAAAAAAAAAAAAAAAAGAGGAAUAUUCAUUUGCUGGGCACAAGUCCCUGAGUUGUUUCAUAAGUUUUUUGGUUUAGGUAAAUGGUGUUCUAUCACCCACGCAGUUGUCUCGCCACGUUUGAGCUGCAUAAAUUAGAUUUCAGGGAGCAUUCAGAAUAAAGGAAUUACUAUUGUUUUGGGGUUAUCUCCUUUCAUAAAUUUCAAAAUGGGAUUAAACCCUUCGGCUAGUGAUCAAUAACAAGUAUUUACUUCGAGGAGUUAGAUUGAAA